AUGGACGCAUCUCUUCAACCGCGAUCCGAUGUUGAGAACCGUGGGCCUAUACUGCUGAUCAUCAACAGCACGAUAACGGGCUUCGCGGCGAUCAUUGUGGGCCUCCGCGUGAUUUCGAGGGUCUUCAUAGCGAAAAUGUUUGGUCUGGACGACUGGACAAUGGUGGCCGCGACGGUUUUCGCAGUCUUGAAUGUGGUGCUUGCGGGACUUGGAGUCAAGUACGGAACAGGAAAGCACAAAUGGGAUCUCGUCAAAGCAAACGUGCUACCUUCGUCCAAGAUUCGAUAUGUGAAUCAUAUCAUUUAUAGCCUGAUCAGCGGUCUGAUCAAGGUAUCAAUAUGUCUGCUAUACCUGCGACUGUUCCCUAACAUUCGAAGAAUCUCCCUUGGAACAAUCGCAUUCAUCACCGCCAUGAGUGUCGCAUUUAUUCUCGCCACCAUCUUCCAGUGCUCUCCAGUCGAUGCUGUCUACAACAAGGAAAAAUAUAAACAUUAUAGGUGCUUUGAAUCUAUCCCGUUCUGGUAUACGACAGCCGCACUGUCUCUGGUAACGGAUAUUUGGAUUCUUGUCUUGCCACUGAAAACAGUUCUAGGUCUUCAUCUCGGAACUAAGAAAAGAUUUGUCGUCGUUGGUUUGCUAUCAUUAGGCUUCUUUGCAUGUAUAGCCAGCGCCGUACGGAUGGUCUACAUUGUGCAAUUAUAUCAAAGCUCAGACCCGUCUUGGGAUACCUUUGGGGUUUCUAUUUCGUCGGGCAUCGAACUGGCUGUCGCUAUCAUCGCUGCCAGCAUUCCGGCGACCAAGCCGAUCGUGAACAAGCUAUUUCCAAAGCUAUUUCCUAGCACCACUGGCGGAUCGCGCUCAGCUAGCCAUCCUUCUGGCAGUCGAAGUGAAAGUACUCCGCGUCGCUACCACAGGGAUAUUAUUCCGCUUUCAUUUUUCAUGGGGAGAGAAGGGAGUGAUACGGAUGAUGAGUCUACAAAAGCAAUAGCGCAUGCAAGGUGA